UUCACUGCGACGACGUGCUAAUUAUCAAGCCCGAUUGAACUCGGUAAAUAUAGUACAAAAUCAAACGGAAGUAAACCAAGAUGACAUAGGACCAACAUCAGCGGAGCAACAAGAUGCAUAUGUUACUAAUGAGAGACAAAGCCAACGAGAGCAAUGGCGGGAUCAACAACGUAUGAUGCAGAAUUCAAUGAGUUCAAGGCAAAGGCACGAUUACUUAGCACAACGACGAUCCAAUUAUCGUGAUCAACAAAUUCAAUGCUCAAACAUAAUGUUAUUUGGUGGCAAUACCGAUCAAGUUCAACACCCUAACAUAGUGCAAUUCGAUGAAGGCAGUAGCAAUCAUGUUGAACGACUCAACAUAGUGCCGUUUGGAGAAGGCAGCAGCAAUCAAGUUCCAAGAACAAUGCGCUUAACUCAUAUAAGGCAAAUUGCUCGAUCGAAUAGGGCACGCUUGCCUCAGGAUGGACUUAUUCAAAGUUUAACUAAUAGUGAAAACACAACAAGGCAAUCAUUCCGUUCGAAUACUCCAAUGAAUCAUUCUUAUCCACCCAUCAUCAAUGAAGAUGAUUUUAAUCUCAUUAAUGAAAAUGAGAUCCAGCCUAACGAGGACGUACCACCUCGACAGCAUACGAUGGGAACAAGGCCAAUUCAUAAUUGUGCUAGAAACUUCAAUGAAAACAUGGGAAUCCCAAGAUUUCACAUGCCAAAUCCAACCACAUGUCCAGAUUGUCAUGCCCGUUUGUUCUCUCAUGAAACAUUUGAAAUGUGUUGCUUACGUGGAAAGCUUGCUCUACCAUUGACACCAUCCCCUCCUGAAAUGACUGAGCUUUUUUGCAACCAAUCUGCCCAGGGAAGACAUUUUAGGCAGAAUAUACGAGCUUACAACCACAUUUUUGCCUUCACAUCAAUGGGAGUUCAUGUUGACGAAAACCUAGCAACAGGAAGACGUGGUAUUUACACAUUUCGUGCUCAAGGUUCCAUAUACCAUAAGAUUGGAAGUCUCUUGCCUAUUGGAGAUAGUAGACCAAGAUUCCUACAAAUGUAUAUAUAUGACACUGCUCAUGAAAUAGACAAUCGGAUGAGAGAAAGUGAAGCACUAAACAGAGAUGUGGUUGAAAAAAUCCAACAAAUCUUGAAUCAAUAUAAUCCAUUUGUGCAAACAUUUCACCACCUUGCACAACGUCAAGAUUUGCAAAGUUGUAGAUUGAUUAUCAAGGAGCAGCCCGCGAAUCAACGACAAUAUUGUCUACCGUAUGCAUCUCAGGUUGCUGCAAUCAUAGUAGGUGGUGAAGGAUCAGAAAACAUUAGAGGUCGAGAUAUUGUUGUGCAAACUACGGAUGGUCAACUUAAGAGUAUCAAAGAUUGUGUCGGCUACUAUGACCCUUUACAAUAUCCAUUGUUGUUACCUUAA